AUGAAGACCAUCGCUCUUGUGUGCGUUCUGUUGGGCGUGGCCGCCGCCCUCCCCGGCCUCCGUCAGCGCCGUGACUCCUCGGCCCUCUUCUACGAGCUGCCCUCCAACGCCUCCCUCAUCCUGGGCGGCAUCCAGACCGGCUUCGACUGCGGCGACCUGCCCUACGGCUACUACGCCGACGAGGCCAACAACUGCGCCGUCUUCCACGUGUGUCUGCCCUACAUCGACAACGACCUCUACAUCACCCGCCACUUCUCCUUCAUGUGCGGCGCAGGCACCAUGUUCGACCAGGAGCGCCUCGUGUGCGACUUCCCCGAGAGCGCCCUUCCCUGCUCCGAGGCCGCCGCCUUCAGGAGGUCCAACGAGUACUUCGGCCGCGAGGACGUCAACUUCCUCGAGAAGUAAGCAUCUGUGCUGCCAAACUCAUGCGCUACAGAAACACUUCAUACUCUUCACACAAACAUUUCUUAUGUACAUUAUCGUCCUAUCUGUCUUUUCCGAAAUUAAAGAAUAAACCAAGUUAUA